AUGGCCAAAGAGCCAUACCUCGACGUCGACGACGUCAUCUCCCGCCUCACCAUCGAGGAGAAAGUCGCCCUCCUCUCAGGCAAGGAUUUCUGGCAGACUCGCGAUGUGCCGCGCCUCAACGUGCCUUCUCUGCGCUUCAGCGAUGGGCCCAACGGCGCCCGCGGCCGGCGCUUCUUCAACGGCACUCCUGCCGCAUGCAUGCCCUGCGGCACCGGCCUGGCUGCCACCUGGGAUGUCGAGCUGAUUGAGCACGCUGGCGCGACACUUGGGGAGGAGUGCAAAGGGAGGGGUGCGCACGUGUUGCUGGGUCCGACCAUCAACAUCCAGAGGAGUCCGCUUGGCGGUAGGGGGUUUGAGAGCUACAGCGAGGAUCCUGUACUGUCUGGACUGAUGGCGUCUGCAAUGGUCAAGGGUGUGCAGAGCACGGGGGUUGGGGCAUGUCUGAAGCACUAUCACAGGCAGGCAUACAAUGCCGUUAUAAGCGAACGAGCCCUCCGUGAGAUCUACCUGAUGCCAUUCCAGAUCGCCCAAAGGGACUCCAAUCCUCUGACAUACAUGACCAGCUACAACCGGGUCAACGGGCUGCACGUGAGCGAGAACCCUCGGUUGAUGCAAGACAUUCUCCGAGACGAGUGGAAGUUUGAUGGAUUCAUUAUGAGUGAUUGGCUUGGUACAUACUCGGCUGCGGAGUCUACCAACGCAGGUCUGGACAUUGAGAUGCCCGGCCCACCUCGCGUUCGCGGUCUCAACCUUGUCGUGUCGCUCGGCAGCAGGAAGCUCACCGAGCACACGGUCGACCAGCGGGUCCGCAACCUUCUCAACCUCAUCAACCGCGUCGCCUGCCCCGAGCGACCCUUCCUCACCGAUGCACCCGAGAAGACAGACACUUGCAUCCCGGCGGACGAACUCUCGUCGCGCAUGCACAAGAUCGCUUCGGAUGGCCUUGUGCUCCUUAAAAACAACAACAACGUCCUCCCGCUCAGCAAAGACAAGACCGUGGCAGUCAUCGGCCCCAAUGCCCACAUUGCUGCCUAUGCAGGGGGCGGCUCGGCCAGCCUCCGGCCCACAUACACAACGACGCCUCUCGACGGGGUUCGCAAGCACGUCCCAUCGGCCAAGUACACGCUCGGCGCCGCGGGCUACAAGCAGCUCCCCGCGCUCAGCCUCAUGAGCACGACGCCCGACGGUACGGGGAGGAAGGGCGUCUUGUGCAAGUUCUACAACGAACCGGCCGGCCACGAGGGUCGCGUGCUUCGCGACACGGUCCACACGGACCUCUCCGACAUGCUGCUGGUCGACUACUCGCACCCAGACGUGAGCCCCGAGCUCUUCUACAUGGACAUCGAGGGCGACAUCACGCCCGCGCAGUCGGGCGAGUACAUGUUUGGGUGCUCGGUGCGCGGCACCGCCAGGGUCCUGGUGGACGGGCAGCUGGUGGUGGACAACGCCACGACGCAGGUGCUGGGCGGCACCUUCAUGGGCGCCGGCACGAGGGAGGAGCGCGGCACCGUGGCCCUCGAGGCCGGGCGCACGCACCGCGUCGUGCUGCAGUUCGGGUCGAGCCAGACGCAGCGCGUCAAGAAGAAGGGCGCCACGGCGAUGCGCGGGGGAGGUGUCCGCAUCGGCUGCGCCCCCGUCGUGGACGCCGACGCCGAGAUCAAGCCCGCCGUCGACCUCGCUGCCAGCGUGGACCAGGUCGUCCUCGUGGUCGGCUUGACGGGCGAGUGGGAGUCGGAGGGCUUCGACCGCGACAACAUGGACCUCCCCGGCCGGACGAACGAUCUGGUCCGGGCCGUCAUGGCGGCGAACCCCAACACGGCCGUCGUGGUGCAGAGCGGGACCCCUGUAGAGCUGCCUUGGGCGGAUGAGGUCCCGGCGAUCCUGCAGUCGUGGUUUGGGGGCAACGAGGGCGGAAACGCCAUCGCUUCUGUUCUGUUCGGGGAUGUAAACCCGUCAGGGAAGCUGCCGUUAUCGAUGCCGAAGCGGUUGGAGGAUAAUCCGGCUUUCUUAAACUUUGGAUCAGAGAACGGCCGGACUCUGUACGGUGAGGAUAUCUAUGUCGGAUACCGGUUUUAUGAGAAGACCAAGAAGGAGGUGUUGUUCCCAUUCGGACACGGCCUAUCCUAUACGACCUUUGACAUUACCAACUUUGACGUCGAUGUCAAAGCAGAUUCCAAUGGGGACGACAUGGUGCUGGUUUCAGGGGAUGUUGCCAACACUGGAACACGCGACGGCCAAACCGUGGUGCAGGUGUACAUCAGACAACAAAAGCCCAGCAUCAAGCGGCCGCCCAAGGAGCUGAAGGGGUUCCAGAAGGUGGCAGUCAAGACGGGGGCCAAGGCUUCUGUGGCUGUAACUAUCUCAAAGAAGUAUGCAACCAGCUAUUGGGAUGAGGAGCGGGAUCAAUGGAUCUCUGAAGCUGGCGAGUAUGACGUCUUGGUUGGGCAGAGUUCUGCAGACGUGGUUGUGGCCGGCCACUUUACCAUUGCCAAGACAAAUUGGUGGAAAGGCCUUUGA